AUGCAAGUACCAUCCAACGUCGACGUCUGCAUCGUUGGCGGCGGCCCGGCAGGUCUUAUGACCGGCUGUGCACUAAGGCGCAACGGUGUCAACGCGGUUAUUCUUGAGGCCAGCGCAGAACCAUCGACAACCUCGCGUGCAACGGUCCUGCAUGCGCGCACGCUGGAGGUCCUCGAGACGCUGGAGGUGACCGACGAGAUCAUGAGACGUGGCAGACGACUUUCGGGCUGGAACUUGGCGACAAAAUCGAAAGUCCUCUGCGAGCUUGACUUCGGAGAUCUUAACAACAAGUAUAACUGCUUUGUCACUCUGCCGCAGUUCCAUACUGAAUCGGUCCUGCGCGAGAAGUUUGCCGAAUUCGGUGGUACUAUCUACUGGAACACUCGCGUUACUGGCGUGACCGACAGCGGCGAUAAGGUACAGCUGGAAAUUAGCACGCCGGAAACCAAGUCCACCGUCCAAACGAGCUAUGCGGUAGCCUCAGACGGUAUCCACAGCACCCUUCGGGACGCGCUUCACAUCGAGUUCGAAGGCGGCGAGUACACCCAGUCUUUCGUUGGAGCCGAUUGCACGCUAGCAUCAGAAGGCGAACUCGAGCAUGACAAGCUUCAGCUGUUCCUUGACCCCGGCUUUCUCCUGUUCGUGCCGCUGCCGGGUGGUGUGUGGCGGCUGCUUGCGACUCUGGAGCAGGCACCCAAAGAACAGGACCUUGCCCUCUGGCAGGGCAUUGUGGACGAACGCGCAGUACCAGGCGUCAAGAUUGAAGGCUUCACAUGGCACGGCCGUUUCCACAUCCACCAUCGCCUUGCACACAACUACCGUAAGGGCAGAGUCUUUCUAGCCGGUGAUGCGGCGCAUGUCCACAGUCCAGCAGGAGGGCAGGGUAUGAACACAGGCAUACAGGAUGGCUACAAGCUUGCUGAGAUCUUGACCGAGGCGGUCAAGGGAGGCAAGACGUCUGCAGCAGCGCUCGAUCGAUACGAAGCGGCGCGGCGGCCGGUGGCUAAGAAGGUGGUGCAGCUUACGCACAACAUCACCGUCUCCGCGACCAUUACGAAUCGUUUGGUGGUCACGGCGCGGAACUACAUCCUGUCGUGGUUGAUGUGGUUCUCAUGGCCGCGUUACUACUUGGUGCACAGGUUGUCGGAGUUAGAACAUUGA